AUGCCACGCAAGAAAAGCUCUAAGGUUAAAAUAGAUGCAUUGAGGCAAAAUGAAGAUCAACCGCAGGAAUUGGCAGGUGCUGAGGUAGAUCCAUCAGGUGCGAACAAAGAUCGGAAUUUGAAGAGAAAGAACGACCACCGUGGCAAGGAGGAGGAAAACCAAGAAGUAAAAUUACCGAAAAAGUCUACGUCUUCAAACGAGAUCAAAAAACGAGACAAAAGAGGCGAAUGCUGCGAAUGUGAGAGGAUUUACGCUUCCAUUAUCGAUCACUCCAAGAAAAAGCACAACGGAGAGUUGGAAAAGUGCACCGCCAGUGAUCGCGUUUGCAAGAAAUAUUUCGACUCGGCCCACAACAGAAUCGAACACGAGCAGUGGCAGCAUCCGGAGCGCAAGGAAUUCUGCUGCGAAUUUUGCCAUCACUCGACAGAUCAGAAGGGAAAUUUGAAAAAACAUGUUCGACGGAUGCAUUCGGAGAAGAAAAUCAAAUGCGGAGAGUUGAAGUGUGGCAACAUGUUUGGCUCACAGGCAGAUUUGAGAAAACAUGUCAAGAUGUGUCACACAAUGGGAAGAUGUGUCAAAUGUGGCAAAGAAAUGAACCUGAAUGCACUUGAUGCGCACAACCGGUAUGUUAAUUGUGCUCAGUAA